AUGGGUAAUUCAAAUUCCAAACCUUCGAGUAAGAGUAAGAAAUCGACUAAAAAGGGGAAAGAAAGUUCCUCGAGUUCACGUCCAUCCUUAAGUGCUAGAAGUUCACAUAAUCACAGUACAAGUACAAAAAGUCAUUCAACUGAGCAUGUUCCAACUAUUAUUAAUACGCCUGAAUCACCUUUGAAAUCAGGUGAAACAAUAAUGGAUACAACCAUUAAUAGCGGUAAUGAAUUAAUUUCUACAAAUUUAAAUAGUGGUGGUGGUAGUGAAUCUCAUAGUAGGUCCGGUAAACUUAGACCAACAACAUUAUCUCGUACAACAACAGGACAAUCAAAUAAAUCUUCAAGAUCAUUGAGAUCGAGGCGAUCGUUAAACAACAUGACUACAUCACCAUCCUCUAAUAUUGAUGCUGGUGAUAAUAAUUACACUAAUAAUAACCUGGGUUUACCUCAAAUAAAAAAACAGGUAUCAAAUAUCGAAACAAAAAACAAUAAUAAUUCAAUUUUACAACAACCAUCUUCAUCAUCAUCUACUUCACAUUCACAUUCACAUUCUCAUAGAAGAUCACACUCUCAACAUUUAUUUCAAUCAUUCCAUGGUAAUUCUUCACAUGAUACUUCUGAAGAUACAACUGCAGAUCAUAAUAAUCAUUUACAUCCAAGAUCUGGUAGACCUUCAAACGCUAACUCUAGACGAUCAAGUUUUAAUAAUAUGAGUGAUUUACCCCCGUCAAUGAUUCAAGUACAACCAAAACCUCCAAUUUUGAAAAAUAGUCAAUAUACGCAAUCAUCUCAUUCUUUCCAAUAUUAUGAAAAUGCUCUAACAGACGAUGAUAACGAAGAUAAUAAUAAUAAUAAUACGUCAUAUUCUGUUCAGACACCCGCUGGUGGUGAAAAAUCUUCAAGACAGGAAUCUAUGAGGCACAGUCAUUCUUCAAGGCCUUCUAGUAUUAAAAGUGGAGUCUCUUCAUCAUCAAGACAACGUCGGAAAUCUGAUAAUAAUAAUAAUAGCAAUGGUUCAAGAGUUCCUGAUUUUGUAAUAUCUGCAUCCCAGGGACAAUCUCGUUCAAAUUCAUUUGCUUCAUCGAUGCAUUCAAGAAAAUCUUCACAAGGUUCAAAUACAAAUACAGCGUACAGCACGCCUUUAAAUUCGCCUGGUGUUCAACAAUUAUUACAACAUAGUAAGAUGAGCGAUGAAUCACAGGAUUAUUUCGGAAGUGGUUCCAAUGUUGACGGUACAGGGUCCUCCAAUGGAACUCCACAUCAUCAUCGUCAUCAACAUCAUCGUUCCUCUUCUUCUGUAAAUAUUGAUAAUGGUAAUAUGGAUAAUCAAGCGAUGGAUGGGGAAGGUGUCAAUAAUUAUACAACUGCAUCAAAGAUGGAUCAAUACCCUGGCGGAAUGGAUACAUUUAAUACCCCUAUUGGAGACACUGAUGUAACAUCCAAUUUAGGUUUCAAUGGAGUAGUUGGUAAGAAAAAGAAAAUCUAUAAACCAAUUGAUAUAGAUGAAACCAUACAGAAACUGUUGGAUGCCGGCUAUGCAGCAAAGAGAACAAAAAAUGUAUGUUUGAAAAAUUCCGAAAUUGCACAAAUUUGUCAACAAGCUCGUGAAAUAUUCUUGUCCCAACCAUCAUUAUUAGAAUUAUCACCACCGGUGAAAAUUGUUGGUGAUGUACAUGGCCAAUAUGGUGAUUUAUUAAGAUUAUUUACCAAAUGUGGGUUCCCACCUCAAUCAAAUUACUUAUUUUUAGGUGAUUAUGUCGAUCGUGGGAAACAAUCUCUUGAAACAAUCCUUUUAUUAUUAUGUUAUAAGAUCAAAUACCCUGAAAAUUUCUUUGUUCUGAGAGGGAAUCAUGAAUGCGCUAAUGUCACCAGAGUUUAUGGUUUUUAUGAUGAAUGUAAGAGACGUUGUAACAUCAAGACUUGGAAAGUAUUUAUCGAUACAUUUAAUACUUUACCAUUGGCAGCAAUUGUUGCAGGUAAAAUCUUCUGUGUGCAUGGGGGUUUAUCUCCAGUUUUAAACUCCAUGGAUGAAAUUAGACACGUCAGUAGACCCACAGAUGUUCCUGAUUUUGGUUUGAUUAAUGAUUUGUUAUGGUCUGACCCAACAGAUUCGCCAAAUGAAUGGGAAGAUAAUGAACGUGGGGUUAGUUACUGUUACAAUAAGGUUGCCAUUAACAAAUUUUUAAACAAAUUCGGAUUUGAUCUUGUGUGUCGUGCACAUAUGGUUGUUGAAGACGGUUACGAAUUCUUUAAUGAUCGAAGUUUAGUGACAGUUUUCUCAGCACCGAAUUACUGUGGUGAGUUCGAUAAUUGGGGUGCAGUAAUGAGUGUCAGUGACGGUUUAUUAUGUUCUUUUGAAUUAUUGGAUCCUCUGGACAGUGCUGCAUUGAAACAAGUGAUGAAGAAAGGAAGACAAGAAAGAAAAGUGGCAAAUCAACAACAAUUACUUGAUCAAAGAUAA